AUGGAUGAGAAUGUCCUCGAGGGAUCGAUUCGCCAGCGACUAGUCCUGGAUAUUCUAAGGAAUGAGCUUCACGAUCGAGAAGUGCGACCUCUCCCACUUGCCGCGAAGAAAGUGGAAGCGAAAAUUGAUCACUUGGUCAUCUACAUCCGCGGCAUUGGGCGACCUGCUGGGUUACAACCCAUGCAGGUUAUCCUCUGCUCGAGCUACGAGACGAGCACAUUUGCGAAAGGCUUGAAAUUGAGACCAGGUGGGAACUUGACCGAGCAGACAAUGUGCUUUUGUCAAAUAUUCUUGAAAGACGAGUGGGCCAAGAAGCUUCAGACCGACGAUUGGGGAGAAGAGUGCGAAGCACACAGAAAGAAAUUCGACAAAGACGCCGACCUUCUGCGAGUUCCCUUCGAUGAAGAAGACCGCAUUCAAAGACAUGAUAAUCUAACUUUCUCUGGAAGACCCAGUGAGAUCGUUCUUCUCUUCCUUUUCCACGCCACGAAGCAAUCCACACCAUAG